AAAGAAAGUCGACCAUAUCCUAUUGUCAGAUUGAGCAACAUGAAUGGAAGUUUAAACCAAAACAUGUCAGUUCGGUCUGGUAUUUGUCGAAAACUCCAUUUUUGCAUGGUGUGCGGAAAGGCAUACUGUCGGAAAAUAGAACUGGACAUGCACUUGUUUUGCCAUUCUGUUCCGCUUCAGUCACCGGAAAACAUGUGGCGACGCCACGUGACGGAUCUGAUGACGCAAUGUCCCGGGUGCUCGAGAGGAUUUUGCAGACGACAGGAUUUGAUACAUCAUAUGGACGGUGAAGGAAACUGCAUGAAGGAUAACUCAAAUUUUAUACAAGAAACAGUGAAAGGAGAAAAUAGUUACUGUGCAGAUUUAUUGAACUCAGAAAACUCGAUGCAAACGCCCAAACUAUUUCAAUUGACAGAAAAUCGUGUACAUGAAUUCGGUAAAAGCACAAGGAAAUUGGACAGACAGCGCGCCAUAGUGCAAAAAUUUUUAGAUGCAGAAAAACGGACUCCGUUUGCUGAAAUUGAAAGUGAUGAAAAUUGUAACACAAUUUACACUUUUAGAAAACGUGGUCGUCCCAAGAGUCAAGAUACAUGUAUCAAAGGUAUAUCUAAGGAAUCGCCAAACUCACCGGAUGGACACUUGAAGAAACGGGACAAAAAUUACUUUCAGUGCCAAAAAUGUAAUCGUAUGUUUAAUAACAAGACAAAUUUGAUUAUCCAUGAAAGAAUUCAUACCGACACUAGACCGUUCAAUUGUAAAUUUUGUCACAAGUCGUUUCGCCAGUUGUCGCACAUGCGCUGUCACGAGCGUCGCCAUACAAUGGAAGAACCCUAUUCCUGUGAAAUCUGCUGCAAAAGAUUCAAACAACCGUCCGGUUUAUUUAUUCACUGCAAGAAACACCAUGCUUGAAAAGGAUGUUAAGUAUCGGAUCCUGACGGACUGAAUUACAGACUACUUUUUGGAAUUAUCAUUUUUUAAAUUUGCAUGCCACUAAAAUCAAUUACAAUAAUCAAUUUCAUUAGGAUUUUAUAACAUCUAUUAAUACAGUGUAUAAUAAUUCAAAAUAAAUUCUUGUUCAUUUAUUUAAUUUUUAAUAUAGACUUUACAUGUAGUAUACA